AUGCAGCCACCUUUGCAGCCACUGCAGCUUCCGCUUGCACGUGCAGGCCAGCUGGAGAUCCACAGCAAGUCGGGAGCUUCGGCACAGACUGGACUUCGCUUGGGUGAGCUCACUCAGCGCAUCCAGUCAGUGGAGCGGCAGGUAGAAACUGAUCUGAGAGUCAGAAAGCAAGCCGAAGACUCUACUGUCGAAAACCUUUCACUGGACGUGCAGCGCUUGGAGGAGUGCUUGAAGCAAGAGACUGAGCGGCGCUUGCGGGAGAAUCAGGACUUGAAGAAGGAGCUCCUCCAUCCAAAGCUGGCUGAAGCUCAAAGCAAGCUGGAGGUCUUCUUUCUUCAUCGCUUCGAGCACGCGCACACCACAAUUGAUGCCUUGAGCGACCGACUGGAUGCUGUGGAGAAGGCCUUUGUGCAAUCUCGUGCUAAUUACAUGGAUCAGAUGGAGACCGAUGCUGCUGCAGUGGGUUCAGAUCUUGAUGAACUUUCUCGUCUCUUUCAAGCAGAUGUUGCGAAGCGAGAGGAACGGAACCAGAAGUUGUCUCAGCGCUUGGACUCUUCGAAACUACAAGUGGCAGACAAGCUGGCACGGGAUGAACAGUUGUCGCGGCGAAAAUAUGAUCAGCUGAAGCGCGGCGCUGAUGACAGCGCCAUACAAAGAGAUCAGGAACAGAAACGCUUCGAGGAACAACUCGACUCUGAGAUUGGGGUGUUGCGAGCUGCAGUGAGUGAAGCAUCACAGGCACGAUCCUUGGCCGACAAUGAAAUGCUGGCGGCCCUGAACCACUACACCAAGGAGCUGCAAGAAGCAAUCAGUCACGCAAGUGAAGGCGCAUUGCAAGCAGUGCGCAGAGGACUUGGACCAUGA